AUGAAUUCGCCGGAUCUAUCGCCCUUCGGAGCCCAGUUCGCGCACAGAGAUGACAAAAGAUCAGUGUCAUCAAACACCACUCUCCCCACUACUCUCGCUGCCGUACCCGAAGCCCACACCUUGCCAUCCUCCCUCGCUACUCCUGUACAGGACUUCGAUCCCUGCAUCGGCGCUAAACCAUCCUCUCCAUUCUAUCGGCAUGCCACUCCCUCUGUCAGUCUCGCCCGUCUCAAACUCCAGUCCAAGAAUCCUCAAGCCCGCGAAGUCCACGAAGAUCCAGAGAAUAUCCCAGAUACUACCCGGUCGUCGGUGACAGGGGAUAGGUCGCAUCGCGAUUCGAAACUUUGGGCGCAGGAAAAGACACGUUGCGGCUGUAUGCAAUCAUUGUCUAAAAAGCAACAGAUCAUACUAAAGGCUGCUAUUGCGAUCGGGACUCUGGGAAGCAUGAUGGCUAUUGCGCUAGGGAUUACUGCGGCCGUCGGUGGAGGAGUGUGGAAAUCGGAUCAUCAGCAUCGGGUUAUCGGAUAA